AUGUGCCAGACGGCCUUCUUCAAGGACCCCACCUGCGGCUGCAAGUGGACGGCGGUGACGCAGCCGUGCUGGCCCGGCUACGGCUUCAGCACCUGCCCCUUCUUCUUCAACGGCAUCCCCAAGGAGGCGCCGCCCUACUUCAAGGCCACCAAGCUCUGCUGCCCCAAGCACGACCUCGACGGCCACUACGACCGCAACAUGGUGCGCAUGGUCGUCCGCGUCGAGAACGGCCUGCGCUGGGGCCUGGGUCCCGGCAGGCGCGACCCGGGCGUCGACGUCUCCUGCAACGUCAUGUAA